AUGGCGGAAGAACGCGCUGUAUCAGCAGCCCCCGAAGUGUCUUCGCCGGCUCGGCCCCAAGCAGAGAACCCAAACCCGGCCGCCGCUGCUACUGCCGCUCCCACCGACACUCCCACCGGCGCCGACACCGUCACCACCACCGCCCCCCUGGAUGGCCAUCCUGCUCAGCAGGUCCAAGACGACGUUGACGCUCAGGAUGGCCACCCUGCCCAACAGAUCGAAGUCGACGACGAUACCAGCCAUGCGGAAGAUGGUUAUCAGACCGCCAGCGAGACUAGCUCGCGUGCAUCUGCAUCUCUGACCUCGAGCAUCCGCGACUACAACUUCGAGAACAGGCGCCGCUAUCACAAGUACAAGGAAGGGCAGUACCACUUCCCCAAUGACGACCCCGAGCAGGAGCGCGAGGACAUGAAGCACGCCAUGGUCGUACAUCUCUGCGGCGGCAGUCUUCAUAGCGCGCCCCUCGAGAACCCGCAAAAGGUCCUCGACGUCGGCACCGGCACUGGCAUUUGGGCCAUCGACAUGGGCGACGAGUACCCGGAGGCCGAUAUCAUUGGCAUCGAUCUGAGUCCGAUCCAACCCGACUUCGUCCCACCCAACGUGCAGUUCAUCGUCGACGAUGCCGAGGUCGAGUGGGUGUAUCCGGAUGACACGUUUGACUACGUACACCUCCGAAACAUGGCCCCAUCGAUCAAGAAGUGGCCAGAGCUGUUCGCAGAAGCGUACCGAGUCCUCAAGCCGGGCGGCUGGAUCGAGAUGCAGGAGAUGCGCUGGGUGUACGGCUGCGACGACGGCACCAUCGGCCCGGACUACGCGCCAGCGAAGAUGGGGGCCAACAUCAAAGAGGGCCUCGCGCGAUUGGGCGUCGAGAUGAACGCCGCCGAGAGCUACCCCACACGCGUCGAGAACGCCGGUUUUGUCAACCUCCAGCACGAGGUUAAGAAAGUCCCCGUCGGCCCAUGGGCGAAGGACAAUAACCUGAGAAAGAUUGGCGAUUACUGUCUGGCGGCGAUAUACGACGGCCUGCAUGCCAUCACCAUAGGGCCCUUCACCAGAGGCCUGGGUUGGUCCCCAGUUGAGGUUGAGGUUUUUCUGAUCCAAGUGCGCAAGGAUUUGCUCAACCCUGCUAUUCACGCACACGUUUACUUCCACUCUCUUUCGGCCCAGAAACCAGACGCACCCGAAAAUGAGUAA